CCGCCGUUCCGAAAGUUGCCUUUUAUGGCUCGAGCGGCCGCGGUGGCGCCCUAUAAAACCCGGCGGCGCGACGCGCAGCCACUGCCGAGACCGCGUCCAUCCUGCGAGUACAGUCUCCUCGCCGCUCCACCGCCGCCAGUCCACACCCGCCACCCAGCUCGCCAUGGAUGACGAUAUCGCUGCGCUCGUCGUUGACAACGGCUCCGGCAUGUGCAAGGCCGGCUUCGCGGGCGACGAUGCUCCCCGGGCCGUCUUCCCCUCCAUCGUGGGGCGCCCGCGGCACCAGGGUGUGAUGGUGGGCAUGGGUCAGAAGGAUUCCUAUGUGGGUGACGAGGCCCAGAGCAAGAGAGGCAUUCUGACCCUGAAGUACCCCAUUGAGCAUGGCAUCGUCACCAACUGGGACGACAUGGAGAAGAUUUGGCACCACACCUUCUACAACGAGCUGCGUGUGGCUCCUGAGGAGCACCCUGUGCUGCUGACCGAGGCUCCCCUGAACCCCAAGGCCAACCGUGAGAAGAUGACCCAGAUCAUGUUUGAGACCUUCAACACCCCAGCCAUGUAUGUGGCCAUCCAGGCUGUGCUGUCCCUGUAUGCCUCUGGCCGUACCACUGGCAUUGUGAUGGACUCCGGUGAUGGGGUCACCCACACAGUGCCCAUCUACGAGGGGUAUGCCCUUCCCCACGCCAUCCUGCGUCUGGACCUGGCUGGCCGGGACCUGACAGACUACCUCAUGAAGAUCCUGACUGAGCGUGGCUACAGCUUCACCACCACAGCCGAGCGGGAAAUCGUGCGUGACAUCAAGGAGAAGCUGUGCUACGUUGCCCUGGACUUCGAGCAGGAGAUGGCCACUGCAGCCUCUAGCUCCUCCCUGGAGAAGAGCUACGAGCUGCCUGAUGGUCAGGUGAUCACCAUUGGCAAUGAGCGAUUCCGCUGCCCUGAGGCACUCUUCCAGCCUUCUUUCCUGGGCAUGGAAUCCUGUGGCAUCCAUGAAACUACUUUCAAUUCCAUCAUGAAGUGUGACGUUGACAUUCGCAAGGACCUCUAUGCCAACACAGUGCUGUCUGGUGGCACCACCAUGUACCCAGGCAUUGCUGACAGGAUGCAGAAGGAGAUCACAGCCCUGGCACCCAGCACAAUGAAGAUCAAGAUCAUCGCUCCCCCUGAGCGCAAGUACUCUGUGUGGAUUGGCGGCUCCAUCCUGGCCUCUCUGUCCACCUUCCAGCAGAUGUGGAUCAGCAAGCAGGAGUACGACGAAUCUGGCCCCUCCAUUGUCCACCGUAAAUGCUUCUAGGCGGACUGUUACUUAGCUGCGUUACACCCUUUCUUGACAAAACCUAACUUUGCGCAGAAAACGAGAUGAGAUUGGCAUGGCUUUAUUUGUUUUUUUUUUCCUUUUUGUUUUUGUUUUUUGUUUUGGCGCUUUUGACUCAGGAUUUAAAAACUGGAACGGUGAAGGUGACAGCAGUCGGUUGGAGCGAGCAUCCCCAAAGUUCUACAAUAUGGCCGAGGACUUUGAUUGUACAUUGUUCUUUUUUUUAAUAGUCAUUCCAAAUAUAGUGAGAUGCAUUGUUACAGGAAGUCCCUCGCCCUCCCAAAAGCCGCCCCACUCCUCCUGGAGGAUGGCCCAGUCCUCACCCGAGUCCAUACAGGGGAGGUGACAGCAUUGCUUUUGUGUAAAUUAUGUAAUGCAAAUUUUUUUAAUCUUCGCCUUAAUACUUUUUUAUUUUGUUUUAUUUUGAAUGGUCAGCCAUCGUGGCCCCCCUUUUUGUCCCCCAACUUGAGAUGUAUGAAGGCUUUUGGUCUCCCUGGGAGUGGGCUAAGGUGUGGAGGCAGCCAGGGCUUACCUGUACACUGACUUGAGACCAGUUCAAUAAAAGUGCACACCUUAAAGAUGAA